CGAGAAUCCCAUGUCAGAUCCUGACAGAGUUAGAGACGCUCUCUCACAAUGGGUGGCCCAGAGUAAACUGAAGGACGCCCGCGUUUCGGAGGACGGGCAGAGUGUCUCUUUGGACGGCACAACGCUCCCGAACGAAAAGCUGACCAUUACUUUCGGUGAAAAGAGUUGCUCGUAUAGCCUGGUUUCCAUUUACUUGCAAAUUCUCGAUCCGGACCAGGGUGUCUUGGCCUAUCGUAAUGCUUGCAAAAAGUACAAUGUGACCGACCCCGUCAAAACGUUGGACAAGGGUACCAUCCUGGGCUACUUUGCUAGUUCUUUAGAACAACCCGAGGUAUCGUCGGCAAAAGCAGCCGAAAUUGCUGUCCCUACUGUUCCCGUAGAGGAGAAACCAUCAGAUAAGUUAACGGAAAAGAGUCGCAAACACCAGGAACAUCGUUCUUCGAAAGACAAGCAUGGCAAACGCAAGCAUCGAUCCCAGGAUCCCAAAGUAAAGAAGGAAAAGAAAAGACCUAAACUGGUCACCAAUGAGCAGCUUAUUUCCAAUUUGAGUGAGGUUGUGGACAAGCGUCAUUUAGACCACAAUCUUGAAAAAGAAGAAAUUACCAAGGCGCUUUCCACAGAAGGGUUUGAAGUCACGCCCGAGCUUUUGGAGGAGAACAAAGAAGCCACGCAGACGAUUACGGCGAACGAAAUCCCCGUAGGAAACUCAGCGUCCAUUCUGCGUGCUGCCAAUCCCCGCAAAGAUCUGUCGCGCGUACUGGAACUUUACAAUGAUACGGUCAAUCCCCCCUCCAGUAAAUCCAAAAAUUCCAGCAGUACACCAUUUUCGUCUGGUAAACCCAAGAACGAUCGGUCCUAUUUGGUCGGCAAAAAGCCAGUGAUUGUCGUUCCAAAGGGAAUGACAGCACCGAUAACGAUCAUCAACGCGCAUGAAUUUCUGGCAAACGCUCGUUUCGUUCCUCGCGACGUCAUGGUCAAGCAAGGGCGUCAACGAACCCCCGCGACGUCAUUUACCCGCAACGUUCCUAUGGUGGGCGCCAAUGGAACGGCUCCUUUGGAAUACGAGAUUGUGGACACGCCCAAAAAACUGGGCCCGGAUCCGAGAGAAUGGGAGCGUAUUGUAGCCGUCUUUGUAUUGGGACAAUCUUGGCAGUUCAAAGAUUGGGGUGAGAAGUACAAUGACCCCGUGCACCUGUUUGCACGAACGUACGGGUUCUUUGUGAGCAUGGAAGGCGCCAAGCUUCCUGCGGAACUGGCUGGUUGGUCAGUUCGAAAAUCACAGUUGAAUCGUGACAAACGUGGAUUGGAUAGUGUAUCGUUUGCAUCUUUCUGGAACGGUUUGGAUGAAUGGAUGACUGUUCACAAACGAGAACUUCUUCCACACGCGUGAGGCCAUUUGGCUCCGGUUUCGUUCGUUGGCUUUCAGUGCUCUCGGUAGGGUGAAAUGUUCUCUGUUGCAUCCCUACUCCGUAAUAAUUCGUAGGCUAGUACAUACCG